CAAUAGAAACCAACUUUUAGUGUGUUCAAACCUUCUGCCUUACAGAAGUAAUAGCUUACAGACACAAUAUAAUUGAAGAAUGGGUGUGAAUAUAAUACGAGUGCCAAACCAGACAUUCUAUAACGUUUGGGUGAUAGAAGCAAGUGACAAAAGAUCUGCUAACAUGAAAGUUAUAACUGCAGUAACCUGUGCUUUUACCAUCAUGAUGGUCUUAUCUGCAGUUGAAUCAACUCGUACUCCAAAGAGUAAGUUCAUAGCAAGGAACUGGGGCCCUCAAUCAAUGCUAUACCUCAAAGGACGAUAUGGCCGAAGAUACGCUUCUUCUGAUAAAGAGGAACAAAGUUACAAGAUUGACUUGGAUGAUCCAAAUGCAGUUCUGAAAAGUUAUAGAAACUCAGCACCACUGAAAUUCUUGAACUCCAUAAGAAGAUUAACAGCUAAAAAUAUGGACAUUGAACAUGUGGACUAACAAUUUAUAUGAUUUGCUCUUCAAAUUUUUCAAAUGCUAUAUAUAAUUUUAAAAGUAUUUCAUUGUUGCCUUUUUCCAUUUGUGCUCCUGUGAAAUGCUUUAUGCAAUAUUGAUUAUAACAAAUCAGUCUAUUUAAUCAGAAAAACUGCUUUACCCUAAUAAAUGUGAACAUGAAAAAUGAGAACGUCACAAAACGCACAGUGUUCAUUAUGGGUCUUGUUGGACUUGAUGGCAUCAGACCACACAAAAGCACCAAGAAAGAAGAAUGCAUUUGGAAUACCUGAUGGGCUUUUCCUUUUCCUUCUCUUUGCAGAGGGACAUAAAGCACAGUUUUUGGGCCCAAGGGUUUCUCCUCCCCUUGUAUAUUUCACGGACAAGCUAUACAGAUAGCCCAUCAUUAGGAAAAUAACUCCUUAAGCACUGAGAACAGGUUGAUUUUCACAGCAGCUUUUCACAGCUUUGAUAGCUGCCAAAUGAGCUGGCUUGGUUUUUGUGGCUGGUCAUUGAGAUAU